GUCCCGGGUGGGGAGGGUGAGGGAGGAGGCGGCACGGCCAGCGGCGGUGGCGCAAUGGGGCUACGCGCAGGAGGAGCAUUGAGUAGGGCCGGGGCGAGCCGGGGGGCGCCCGAGGGACCCGGACCCAGCGGUGCCGCGCAGGGGGGCAGCAUCCAUUCGGGCUGCAUCGCCGCGGUGCACAACGUGCCACUGAGCGUGCUGAUCCGGCCUCUGCCGUCUGUGCUGGACCCAGCCAAAGUGCAAAGCCUCGUGGACACGAUCCGGGAGGACCCAGACAGCGUGCCCCCCAUCGAUGUCCUCUGGAUCAAAGGAGCCCAGGGUGGUGACUACUUCUACUCCUUCGGGGGCUGUCACCGUUACGCGGCCUACCAGCAGCUACAGCGAGAGACCAUCCCUGCCAAGCUUGUCCAGUCCACCAUCUCGGACCUAAGGGUGUACCUGGGUGCUUCCACACCAGACUUGCAAUAGCAGGCUCUUUGCCACGUGCCAACACUCCUGAAAGCCCAAAAGACACACCUGGCCUCCAGUGGGCGGGGCCAUGCAAAAGAUGUAGCAGGGGGCAUUCUCUUUGUGCCUGGAAGGAGGAGGGUCUGGCACCAAGCACCCCCUUUGCUGGCUGCAAGACGUUGGACUCACUGCUGAAUGGCGUGGGAAGCCCAGUUCCCACCCCUGUGAAAAUGGGUUGUGUCUUCACCUUUGAGGGUUUGUUGAGAGGACAAAAAUGAGAAAGGAGAUGGGUUUGGAGAACCACAAGCUGCAGGCUCCAGAGUACCAAGGGCAGGGAUCCUUCUGUAUUUUUGUAUAUCCAGUCUUUGUAUAUCCAGUUAUGUGGAACACAUUGAGCUCUAAGCAAAGGAAAACGCAGUUUAACAAGGAGAAAUUUGUGUUUCCAUACAGUGUCAAUUCUAGAGGCAGGCAACUACCAGCAUUGGUUUAACAACUCGCUGAGAUGAGAUGCACAUCUCUAUGGUCCUUUCAGCCUUUCCCUCGUUACUCAUUGCUUCAUGGUCACAAGAUGGCUGCUGUGCCUCCAGGAAUCAUGGCCAUGUUCUAGGAAGCAAGUAGUGAGGGAGAAGGAAGGGCUGAGCCAGCUGGACCUGUCAACUUCUACCAUAAAGUCAAACCUUUCUCAGAGGGCGUUUUCCUGCUCUCUCCCCUGCAUAUUUCCACUUAGGUUUCCUUGGCCCAACCCAGCCACCAUUGUCUCCCCUCGAUGCAAAGAAAGCUAAAGACAGCAGGGAACGGAAUUGUCACAAUUGAGUGGACCGAUCAUAUCCCAACUCCUGGGACUGGCACACUGCCUCCGGAAACAAAAUUGGAAUCCCGUUACCGAGAGAAAUGAGCAAUUGUUAUCAGUUAGCCUUUGCUGUGUAACAUACCAUCCCCAAACUCCACAGCUCAAAAUAAGUCAUUUGUUUGCCCACAGUUCUGUGGGUUGGCAGUCUGGACUGGGUUCAUCUGGACAGUUUUUGAUGUCACCCAAGGUGGACUCCUGGGACUGCAUGCAGUCAGCUGUCACCUCAGAUGUGUCCAGGAUGUUCUCACUCACUUGUCUGGCAGUGGGCGGGCUGUUGGCUGGGUGACUAGUUCUCCACGUGGCUUCUCCAGCAAGCUAGCUCAGGCCCAGUCACGUGACGGCCUCAGGAUUCCAAAAGGAUGAGAGUAGGAGCAGGGAGCUUCUUGAGUCCUAGGUCCGGAAUUAGCACAACAUCACUUCUGCUAAGUUCUUUUGGUCAGAGCACAUCAAAAGGCUGGUCCAGAUCCAAGGGGUGGGGAAACAGACUAUUUCUCUUAGAGAAACUGAAAAUAAUGUGGCCUUUUCCAUCUUUCCUACAUUAUUUGCAUAGGCGAAUAGCAAACAGUGCUUCUCUUGCUCUUGCACAGGGAGAGCCUCUCUCUGCCCAGGCUGAAGUCACCAGACAUUGCUCCAGCCUCAAAUUAGGGGAAGAGUUGAUUGGACAGGGGGUGGGUUUCUCCCAGGGCUGGGCCCACUCCAGGAGGGGCACCGUGUUAUCUGCCCUGGUGAGAUGGGGUAGGUCAGGUGGGACAUUCCAAAGGGUCCAAGAGUCCUGGGUGGGAGGGAAGACUUAGAGAAAGGGCACAGAGUGGGGCGGGCCUUGUUUGCCCUGCCCUGCUAAGGGAUCUUGGUCACUCGGCCUUUGCAAGCCUUGGUCUCUGUAGUUCAGUAAUGAAGACAGCAGCUCUCCCACCCAUUCUCUGUCCCAGGGAAAGCUGACUGAGGUGACCAAUAGAAUUUAAAAGGAAUGCAGUCUUAAUGCAGUGUGAUAUCCUGGAUUGGGUCCUUAGAACCAAAAAAGGACACUAGUGGAAAAACUGGAACUUUGAAUAGGUCUGGAUUUUAGCGACAUUAACAAAUGAUAGUCUCUUAGCUUUGACGACUGUUGAUGUUGCCGUGGGAUUAGGCUGGGAAUUCUCCGAACUAUCUUGGCAACUUUUCUGUACAUUGAAAAUCAUUCCACAAUAAAAGAUUAUUUAGUAAAAAGAGGGAUGUGAUUGCUUUAGACCAAUGGUU